AUGAGCAAGGAGCAGCUGUCCAAAAGCUUCCAGUUCAAGGCACAUGCUAUAAACCAGAUGUCUUCGAUCAACACGGCGGUGAUGAACCCCCACCAGCCAGAGGUGGUCAUAGCUUUGAUGAAUAAACUGGGCGAGACACACCGAAAGCGGCGAGUUAAAAAGCUUAAUUUACACUUGAAAACUUCGCGGUUAAAUUUAAAACACCUAACAUUUAAAGCUUGCCGUAACAGUCACAAAGACACAAUGGGCGGAUGGGUGAGCUAUUUUUGGUGGGGCGGUGACCCCGAAGAAGUCAACCCCGUCUCGGGUCUCACAAGGAGGGAGGUAUACGCCGUGCAGCGCUCCUGGGCUCCAGUCUACAAGGACUCCGUUGCAACGGGCACAGAACUACUCAAAAGAUUCUUCCGUGCAUACCCUAACGCCAAAGAGUUCUUCAAGAUGAUAAGGAAGAUGCCGGAAGAGGAGUACGCGCAGAACUUCCAAUUCAAAGCACACGUCAUCAAUCUAAUGGCGUCGCUCAACCAGGCGGUGGAAAACCUCAACCAACCAGAAGUAGUGGCCGUAAUGAUGAACAAACUAGGAGAGUCGCAUCGGAAGAGGAAAAUUCGGGAACAGAAUUUUCACGAAUUAAAAGACGUCAUAGUUAAGAUGUUCAUCGAAGUAUUGAAACUAGACCAGACUACACUCGGCGCGUGGGGGAAGACGGUCGGCUUCUGGUAUAAAUACAUUUUCGAAACCCUAAAUGCAGAAGAC